AAAUAAUUUAGGAUGAGUGGGUUUGGGGCUACAAGAACUUAUUGGUGCAAUGGUGGGUAUGUUGAGGUCUGUGUAUUGGGUCUUUGAAUUUUGACGUAGUCAAGCGGUUGAUGCCGCGAAGGUGACUAGCCUUCCCGCUGAAACGUAGUGCCCUCCUUCAAACUCUCAACGGAGAGUACAGUUUCUUACAGGAAGCCAAAGUUCACAACUCUACAUAUUUCUUCGUUUUCGAUCUCGGUGGCAUGCUUAGAUUGCUUUCCCAGAGAACGUUGCACUCUGGAAAUCUCGCUUCUCACUCCAAAACCACCGCCCUGACAACCUUUUCACGAUGUGGGUUCGCAGCCCAAGCCGCCCAACUGCCCCCACCAAACUUCACCACCCACCCAAAGCUUCCCAGCUCAGAGUUCGACUCUCACGCAUACGGCGUCGUGCUCCAGCACUGCAUCCGAAACGGCGACGCCAGGUCCGCAAUGGGUCUUCAUUGCGAGAUUCUGAAGAAAGGCGGCUGCUUGGACUUGUUUGCUGACAACAUUCUUCUCAAUAUGUAUGUGAAGGCGGGUAUGCUCGUUGAUGCCGCUAACCUGUUUGAUGAAAUGUCCGAGAGAAAUGUUAUUUCGUUCGUUACAUUGAUCCAGGGGUUUUCGGAUUACGGGCGUUUUGUUGAUGCUGUAGAAUUGUUUAGUGGGCUGCAUAGAGAAGGCCAUGAGCUUAACCAAUUUGUUUUUACUACGAUUUUGAAGUUGCUUGUGAGGACGGGGUGGGCUGAGCUGGUUUGGACUGUUCAUGCUUGUAUUCAUAAGCUUGCGCAUGGGUCUAGUGCCUUCGUUGGGACUGCUCUCAUUGAUGCCUACUCUGUUUGCGGGUACGUUAAUGUUGCUAGGGAUGUUUUUGAUGAGGUUGUUUGUAAAGAUAUGGUAGCUUGGACUGGGAUGGUAGCAUGUUAUGCUGAGAAUGGUUGUUCUGAAGAAGCACUCGAACUCUUCUCUCAAAUGAGGGUGAUUGGGUUCAGGCCUAAUAAUUAUACUUUUACAGGUGCGCUUAAGGCUUGUGCGGGAUUAGAGGCCUUAAAUGGAGGGAAGAGUGUCCAUGGGUGUGUAAUAAAAUCAUGUUAUGAAGGGGAUCUGUAUGUGGGUACGGCAUUACUUGAUUUGUACACCAAGUUUGGAGAUAUUGAGGAGGCUCGGCAAGUAUUUCAAGAGAUGCCCAAAAAUGAUGUGGUUCCUUGGAGCCUCAUGGUUUCACGGUAUGCUCAGAGUGACCGGUGUGAAGAGGCUCUGGACUUGUUUUGUCGGAUGAGGCAAGCAUUUGUUGUUCCAAACCAGUUUACAUAUGCUAGCACGCUGCAAGCUUGUGCAACUAUGGAGCAUUUAGAUUUUGGGAUGCAAAUCCAUUGCCAUGUAACCAAGGUUGGUAUUGAUUCAGAUGUCUAUGUUUCAAAUGCCCUCAUGGGUGUCUAUGCUAAAUGUGGAAAGAUAGAUGACUCUAUGGACUUAUUUGUGGAAUCACCAAAUAGAAAUGAUGUAUCUUGGAACACAAUGAUUGUUGGGUACGCCCAGUUAGGUGAUGGAGAGAAGGCGUUGAUGUUGUUUUCAGGUAUGAUUAGAUGCCAAGUCGAGGCAACAGAAGUGACGUACUCUAGUGCUCUCCAUGCUUCUUCUGGCCUAGCAGCGUUGGAAUCAGGAGUUCAGAUACAUUCUGUAACAGUCAAAACCAUAUAUGACAAGGAUACUGUAGUGGGUAAUUCUUUAAUAGAUAUGUAUGCCAAAUGUGGGAACAUUAAAGAUGCUCGCCUGGUGUUUGAUAAGUUGAAGCAACGAGAUGAGGUCUCAUGGAAUACCAUGAUCUCAGGGUAUUCUAUGCAUGGCCUUGCCCUUGAGGCUCUAAAAGUUUUUGAAAUGAUGCAGGAAACAAAUUGCAAACCAAACAAGUUAACUUUUGUUGGUGUCCUGUCAGCAUGCAGCAAUGCAGGACUUCUAGAUCAAGGACAAGCUUAUUUUGAUUCUAUGGUACAAGACUAUGAUGUUGAACCAUGCAUAGAGCACUACACUUGUAUGGUCUGGCUUUUAGGGCGAUCAGGCCAUCUUGAUAAGGCCGUGAAGUUGAUUAAUGAAAUCCCAUUUGAACCUAGUAUUAUGGUGUGGCGUGCUUUGCUCGGAGCUUGUGUUAUCCAUAAUGAUGUCGAACUUGGAAGGACGGCUGCCAAGCAUGUUCUUGAAAUGGAUCCUCAGGAUGAGGCGACCCAUGUGUUAUUGUCAAACAUAUAUGCCACCGCGAAGAGAUGGGAUAAUGUAGCUUAUGUUAGAAAAAACAUGAAAAGGAAAGGAGUAAAGAAGGAACCCGGCUUAAGUUGGAUUGAGAACCAGGGCACAGUUCAUUAUUUCGCUGUGGGCGAUACUUCACAUCCUGAUAUGAAACUGAUCAAUGGCAUGCUGGAAUGGUUGAAAUUGAGAACCUUGAAGGCAGGACAUGUUCCCAAUUGUAAUGCCAUUUUGCUUGAUGUGGCAGAGGAUGAAAAGGAGCGUCUCUUGUGGGUACACAGUGAAAGAUUAGCUCUAGCAUUUGGGCUGGUUAGAGCACCAUCUGGGAGCCCCAUUCGUAUCAUUAAAAAUCUUCGGAUAUGUAUGGAUUGCCAUGCCACAGUGAAGUUAAUAUCAAAGAUUGUGCAGCGAGAUAUUAUUGUUAGAGAUCUCAAUCGAUUCCAUCACUUUCAGGAUGGAGUUUGCUCUUGUGGUGAUUACUGGUGAUUGAUCUGCUUUAUUCGGAUCUAUGGUUCCUCGAGGGUUUAACUGAAGUGUCCUUGUCCUCAAGGGUUCACUCCCUUCCAGGUUAGCGUUCAGGCUUUUAAUGAUGAAGAUCCUCAAGGACGUCGCACACUUGGAUUAUUUAUUCACCGACGUAAGGCAGAGAUUACUGAUUCGUUUAGAAAGAUGUCUAUCUAAAAUUUAUAGAAGACGUGGAGCUUGAUAUGUCGGCAGUAGUUUGUAAGCUAGCGCUACACAGUGUGCUCCAUUGUCGAAGCAAGAGAAUACAAGCGGCCUCUGUUUGACAGUGAUACUUAAGACCACUCUGAUUCUGAGAAUGUAGGUGAGGAAGGUGACUUUAGAAGUCUAAAGAAACUCCCUUUUCAGAGAUUGCUUACAUCAAUUUUUUGAUCAGGUUAGAAAGUUGCUUUUGAGUUUGUCAAAAUCCUGUCUUGCCAAUUAUUCGGAACCAUAUUUUUUCUGUAUGAGAAUACUUAGAUACAGUUUUACGAGCAGUUCAAGGUACAGAUAUAUAAAUCUUGAAUGUGUGACUAUUACUUAUACUGGUCUGAAUUCAAA